AUGGAAAGAGAAAUGAAGACGCAGAUGAAAAUGGAGAGGGAUAUAAUAAAGGUGAAGGUGGCGGCUCUGCUCAGCUGGAUCCCUGUGCCCGGCAAACUCCCGCCGAGCCCUGGGCGACACCCCGGCUCCCCGGCUGAGCUGCUGCCCCCAGCCCUGGCCCUCUCCCCAGGGCCCAGCGGGGUGAACCAGCUCGGGGGGCUCUUCCUGAACGGCCGCCCCCUCCCCACGUGCAAGAGGCAGAGAAUCAUCGCGCUGGCGGCGAGCGGCGCCCGCAGCUCCGACAUCUCCCGCAGCCUCAAGGUCUCCAACGGCUGCGUCAGCAAAAUCCUGGGCCGCUACUACCGGACGGGGGCCGUGGGGCCCCGGGCUGCGGGGGGCAGCAAGCCCCGCACGGCCACCCCGGCCGUGGUGGCCAGGAUCGCGCGGCUGAAGCUGGAGCAGCCCGGGCUCUUCGCCUGGGAGAUCCGCCGGCAGCUGCAGGCCGAGGGAAUCUGCGCCGGCAGCGCCAUCCCCAGCGUCUCCUCCAUCAACCGCGUGCUCCGGACGCUGCCCAGCGACCUCCGGCUGGCGGCCGAGCCUCGGGCCCCGCGGCCAGGGGGUGAGCCCGGUCCCGGAGCCCGGACCCCUCCUGGCCCUUCCCGGCCCCUCCGGGGCGCCGCCGGCACCGGGGCCGCCCCCAGCGCCUGUCCUGCCGUUCUCGCAGCGGCCCCCGCGGCCCCGGGCAGCGCUGCGGGCCGGGCGGGCCCCGGGCGCGGCAGGAACCGGACCGCGCUCACCGGGCGGCAGGCGGCGGCUCUGGAGGAAGAGUUCCGCAGGGGACAGUACCCGGACAGCGCCACCCGGCAGAGCCUGGCCGCGGCCACGCAGCUCCCCGCCAGCACCAUCAGGGUCUGGUUCUCGAACCGCCGAGCCAAGUGGCGCCGGGAGAGCGAGCGGCAGCUGCAGGCUGGCGGCGCAGGUGACAGCCCGGCCACCGAGGGGACGGGACGUGGCACCCAGGGGUGCCCUCGGGAGGGAGCGCGGCUGGCGUUUGGCGCUGGGACACCGGGGCUGAGCCAGGACAUUGUCCCCGCCCGUGCCCCGCAGGCUCCUGGUGCGACUGGAUCCCGCCCGCUGUCGGUCCCGCCGCCGCAGCCGCCGCACGGGUAG